UAAGCAAAUCGAAUACAAAACUCAGAGAGUUUCUUAAUUAAGUAUAAUACGUUUUAACCCAAACUCAAUUGAAGCUAUAUUUUAUUUUACAGUGAAAGGAACGAAAAGUACUACCACACCCUUCUUUCUAAUGUAAUUCAAGUAAUUGAGACAUAAAUCUGUCUACCCUAAAGGGGUCAACAAACUUAGGUGAAUUACGAGUGGUUGCACUUAUGGCCUCGCAUGCCUCACCAUACUAAGAAAUUAGAAAUGGCUUAAAACAAAAUUAUUUAUCCCAGAUAAAAUAAUAGUUUUCUCUUUGAAAUUAAAUUUAUUUACUUUUCGCUUCUUAGAAAAAAACACCGUUUUGCAUCACUGAUGAACUUAAAUAUUAUAAUUCUGACCCAAACCUAUCGUUACCGGGUUUUACUACUCCGAUACUGUUGCUUAGUAACGUAUGGUUUUAAAUAUUUGAUCAAUACUUUAUUACGCUCCAGCUGUGUAAUCAUGGUCAGUUUAAACAAAUUUAAAACCCACCAAAAUAAUGUCUAUCUUGGCCAUCCACAUCAAUUUUGGAGGCUGCGCCAUCGUAGGGACAUGGAGACCCUGAUAAACGUAGCUGACCUAAAGACGAGUUUGGACAAAGUUUCUUAUGAUGCUCUGCACUUACAAAAGGCUAUCAUAAAUAGGACAAGUGAAAAGGUCAGUAAACUUUUGAAUCAAGAAGAAAUAAGACUUUGACAGAGAAGGGAGAAGCUUCGAUGUCUUCUUGGUGAAGAAGAAAGACAAUUAGCUUCUGAACUUUUAAGAAGAAAAGAAUUAGAAGAGUGUAAAUACUGUGUUGCUCGAAAGAGUCAACUAGAGCAAUAUGAAGAAGAAUUGGAACAUGAGAAAAUUAUGGAGUGUCAAAAAGCGAUGGAAAGAGAAAAAAUGGCAAAAUGCAUGCAAUGCAGAAGAGAAGAUGAAAUACAGUUGCAAAAAAUUCACAAGAUGCAAAUGCAAGAGAAGGAAUAUAUAGCAUCAGUGAAUUCAGAAAUAGAUGAAAUGUGGCAUCGAGUAUUAUUGGAUGAUGUUAAAGAAAAGGAGGAUAGAGAAAGAUUGAAAGCUGAACAUCUUAAACGUGCAAUGCAAGAUCGAAGGCAAGCUUAUGAUGAACAAAUUGCCAGCGCCAAUAGAAAGGCAAGAUAUGCUCUUAAAAUGGAGAGAGAAGAAGAUAAUAGAAUAAUCGAGAAAAUAAAGGAGAGAAUGGAAGAAGAAUAUUUUGAUACAAUCAAGAGGAAAAAGGAACAACAAAUUCAAAACCGAAUUAACUACUUAGAGGGCCAUAAACAGAAGAUGUCAGAACUCAGGAACAGACGAUUAGAAGAGAGAUCAAUUGAUCAACGAACAAUUGAAGUCGCAUUAAAAGAGUUACGGGAGGAGAGGUACAAGAAAAUGGCUGAAAUCAAAUCAUUUCAUAGAGAACAGCAAUUAUGUAUUGAUAAUAUGGAGAAGGAAAGAAAAUUGAUUAAACAUUUAGAGAACGAAUGCAAUAGGAUUGUAGGCGAAUGGAAAGCAGGGAGCGAAAGGGACAACGAUACAAAAAUACAAAUGUUCGAAAAGGAGAAACAAAGUAACAAAGAGAAAUAUGCCAGUGAGUACAGAAAGUAUUUAAAAGAAAAGGAAACGGAAAUCGAAAAUACAAGAAAAGAAAGGAGAAAGAUUAAAGAAGACGUAAACAAAGCUGCCUUGAGAGAGGUUGAGUUAAAGUUGAUGAGGGCUAAUGAAGAAUUCAGGGCACAAGAGGAGUAUAAGAGAAGCUUAGAAAGUCAAAUACAAAAUAAUCAGCGAGCAAUGGAGAUCGAGUCAUUUAAUACGGAGAUGAAACAAAAACCUUUCACACGACCAGCGAUUAUGUUUAAAGAUGCGAUGCAAGAUAAAAUUAAUAAGGGAAGAACAAGUACAAAUCCAGUACAUCCGUUUAGAAGAUUAUAUUUGCAAGCAAAUGAGAGCCGCUCUUCAGUUUCUCUACCUGUUAUAUCUAAAUAAAAUAUUA